UCUACCAAGGCUGAUUGCGCCUACGAUGGUGCCGGAGGAGGCCAGAUCAAAUAAUAAGCGACAAAAGGAUGAACGCACCAUAUACUGCCUACCAAGCGAUAUCAUCGAGAGAGUAUUUCUUACGCUUCCCUUCAGCACGCUGCUGAGGUGCGCUCGUGUCUGCAAGCAGUGGCGAAACUUCAUCCACGAUCCCGAGUUUGUCGCAUCACAGCUCCAGCAUGCGCCUCAAUACGCCCUCCUAUUCUUCCAGCAGGAGACGGUUUCGCGUCAGCGCUGCCCUAGUGAUGCUAUCCUGGUCGAUGAAGCAUUGUCGCAGUCGACAUGUGCGGUGCCAGUUAUUGGGCCUGAUGAAUUCCUCUUUGGUUUGUGCAAUGGGCUCCUUGCCUUAUACACAAAGACAUCAACAAUCAAGAUAGCUAACUUUUCAACUGGUCAGUGCUUGCAUCUUGAGAAACCUGUGAAGAAUUUGAGAGGUGACCACUUCUCUUUGUACACCUUUGGAUUCCACCCAGCGACAAAGCAAUAUAAGAUUACACAUUUUCUCCGUGAUUGCACUCAGACGGGUCGACCGCAUAAUAAUGACAACGUCAGCAUCAUCCAAGUUUACACGCUUGGUGAUGAGAAAUGGAAAGAUAUUCCAAUCCCGAUAGCUCUAAACUUGAACAUUGUGAGAAAUUCCGGAGUAGUCAAUAAUGAUGGGACGCUGUAUUGGUUGACUGAAGAUAUGAUAGCUAAUUGCCGGCAUGCUAUUAUGUCCUUUGAUGUGAGCAAAGAAAUAUUUGCACGGAUUCAAUUGCCAGAAGUUCUUCAAGAUUCUGCACAUGGUUAUCCUCGUCGGUACUGGAUCAGGGAGAUAGAUGGUAAGAUGUGCAUAGCAACUGCUCAAACCCAUCGUUAUGUGCCUAGAUGGCUUGUUAGUAAAAUUCACGUCUGGACACUUGACCACAACAAAAGUGAGCACAUGUGGAACCACAAGUACAAUAUUCAUCUCUCAUCAGAUUGCAUUUUGGGUCCAAAUUUUGUUCAUUGGGAUAGGAUCAUAAUUCGACCGAGCAAUGGUGACCUAUUUGCGUCUGAGUUUUCUCGCGAGAACUAUGACACUAAUUUUAGCAAGACGGUGAUGUUGUUAAAUUUCAGCCCCCGCAAGCACAACUUGCAAUCCCACAACUGUGUGAAGUCACUUGUGCGUUUAGAUAUAUUCAAGAAGGCUGGCAUCGUGCACAGGCCAAAACAGUGGGAGGGCUGGGAAUUGAAGAAGUGGCAGUUCUGGGAGCAGAAUCUCUACAAGAUAGAAACAAUGUGGUGCAGAGUUCAUCAAGAGGAGCAUAAGCAAAUGGCAUUUGCACAAUCUAUGCGCAUAGAACUUAAUCGUCUACUGCCGCAAAUAUCGGAUGAUGCCAUGCGACAAUACAUAGGCAUCAAAAUCGAUCAAAUUUUACCAGCCUUUUCAAAUCAGUUUGGAUAG